AAGGAACAAAAAGGACGUACGUACAAUGAGUGCGUUAAAAGCACCGAUAGAUUACAGAGACUUGGAAAAGGAGCUUCACGCGGCUCUCGUAGCCGACGAAUUCUAUCAAUUACAAAACGACGCUAAAAUCCGGGCAAUCGAACAAGCGGUGCCGACGUACGAGCACUUCAGGCAGAUGGUGAAUGGUGCGCACUUGAAACCCCUGGAUCGCGAUGACAUGAAACCCAAGAUCGGCGCGCAGUGGAAUCCGCUGAUUAACAGCACUAAGCCUCGUGACUCAACUGCGUCGACAGUCUCGAGAAAAUCGACACGCGGCAAAGGGAACGGCGGAAGUGCCGCUAGAUCUCGGGAGACGUGCGAGGACUUUUUACAGUCUUGGAGAACAAUCUCCGACCACUCCGCAAAGUUUAUCCACGUAUGGAAUCUAAAGAACGACCUGCAGCAUCACAUCUUUCGGGUGGAAAUCCCAGCGUCUUUCCUCGGUGACUUCGCGAAUGCGUGUCUGCAGCAUUCGUCAAGGGUCGACGAUGUAACGUCAAUCGUGGAAGUUCUCGAUGUACUGAGCGCGUGUAAUCGGUUCGAUUUGACGGUGUGCUUCAUGACGAGCGACGAGAAAUCCACGUGCGAGCGUCUUUUCCGACAGUUGCAACUCAAAGGAAGGUCGCCAGACGGAUCCUUGGAAGACGCAAUCAAAUCGUUAGCUGUCAAAUAUCGAGCUAAGCUUGACGAGCAAAAAAACACAGCGUAGUCGUCUUACAAAUAAUAUUAAUAUAAACGAACGGGAGAGAUGAAACGCAAUAAAUGACCGAAGAGGAGUGUUAAAGUAUUAUUGUUACAAAUAAUCCAUUUGGAGUUGAUUGAAAAUUAAUCUCAAGGUGUGUUGUCAAAAUGAGAAGCAGUAUGUUCGUUUUACAAAUAACAUUAUUGGAUACUAUUCGUACACUCUACGAAUCUAUUCCACGACGAACUACAGCUGUCUUGAAAGAGGCAAACGGUGGCCCUACACCUUAUUAAUUAACAGAUAUUGUGUGCUAGUCAGGUGUUCGCAUUAUUUUGUCCACCCCCUGUACAUCCAUGGAAAAUGUAUGUGUUCUACCCGCGCAUAAAUUCACAUGGGAAGACAUCGGUGAUUCCGCGAGUGCCCGCUACUCUGCUAAAUCAAACUCCGUAAUCGCGCGCAAUCGCGCGAUUCGAUACAUCGCGCGACUCGUUCGAGUCGCGACGGGUCGAUACUCGCAGCGGACUGCGCGCGACCAGCCGGGCGAGCCAAAAUGGCGGCGCGCGGUGGCGCGUACGCGAGGAACGACGCGGCCGUCCACGCAGAUGCGACGACGACGACGACGACGCGGCACACGUCGGCCCGUUCCUACCGGUUACGCGCGCAAGUGCGCGUCAAUUGUCCCGGGAACGACCGGCGCCCGUAAAACUUGCCGCGUUCCCCGUCUCGCGGGACCGCCAUGAUGCACACGCGACCCAGCCGCGCGCCGUCCCGCGGCUCCUACUACGUCCGUCCGUGCGCGCGCGCGCGCGUGUGUGUACGUAAACAACUCGCGACUCGUCUCGUCACGCCGUCGCCGCCGUCGUUGUCGCCGCCGCCGCUGCGGACCGCUGCGGAGCCGUCGCAUCAGC